AUGUGUUUAUUAACCUGUCAGUUCAGAUUGAAUGCUAUCUAUGUAUCUAGGAUAACAGAGAAUGGUGCUGCCCAUCAUCAAGGUAAACUAUUGGUUGGUGAUAGAAUCAUAUCAAUUAAUGGAGUAGAUGUGACAGAUGCUCGACAUGAUCAGGCUGUAGUUUUAUUGUCUGGUUCCGAACCUAAGGUGGAAUUAGUGGUCUAUCGAGAGAUGAUGGUACCCAAGUCUGACACGGUACCGACAGACAGCAAGCUAACACCUACCACUGCUCAUCCUAGAAUAGAUUGGAAUAAAGUAUCUCCAGGAAAAGACAGCUCUCUGAUCACUGCCAGCCAAUCACCAACUCUGUCUAGUCCUAACCAAAGUUUUGAAUAUGGUCAAAAGAUGGCUUCACAAGUAGCUACUGAGCCUCGUGCCUACAGUCCAAAACCUGUCAUUAUUCAAGCCCCUACAUUACAAGCUCCCCAAACAGUUACCAUCACUGCUCCUUCUUUAUCACCAAAAGUCAGUCCUAAAGCUCCUCUAUCAUCUGAUUGGACCACACCGCCUACAGCAAUUCAACCUCCGCGCUUUGUCUAUCCAGGAAAAUCACCAACUAUCCAGGCACCGCCAGCAGUUACCAUCAAAUCACCAAAUAUUACCUUGGACAAUAAAGAAAAUAUCUCGCCUAAAUACACAGUGAAUAAUAAUUCCUACAGUGUGUCCAAUAAAAGUGACAGUGUUUCACGGACCGAGGCAUCUAAAAGUGAUUUUUUAAAUAAGUUUAAAAGUGUUGAACACCAUCAUGUGGCGCCCCCUAGUGCUAUUAAUCAAACUUUAGUGUUGGAUACUAGUGUAAAUAGUAAAAAUGAUUUAAAUCAUACCACUGGGAUAUCACUGUCAACAUCACCAUCACCAACAACAUCAUUUUCUCCAACAUCAUCAUAUCCAACAGAGACUUUAACAGAAGUAGUUGAAAGAGAGAAUGGUGGUUUGGGUUUUAGUAUAGCUGGAGGUCGAGGAGCUACCCCUUUUAAAGGCAAUGAUAACGAGAUAAUAAUUAAUAAAGCUGGAGGUCCACUAGGGUUAAGUAUAGUGGGUGGAAGUGAUCACUCCAGUCAACCCUUUGGUGCUGAUCAGCCUGGUAUCUUUGUUUCCAAGAUUGUUAAAGAUGGUGCUGCUUGUAAAACAAAUCUAAAAAUAGGUGACAGAAUUUUAGCUGUUAAUGGUAAAGAUGUAACAAGAGCUACACAUCAAGAGGCUGUGAUGGAAUUAAUAGCUCCAACACAUCAAAUCAAGUUACAAGUACGUCAUGAUCCUCCACCACAAGGUUUACAUGAAUUGGUUGUGAUCAAACUUCCUGGUGAGAAGCUAGGAAUGAGUAUUAAAGGUGGUUUAAAAAAUUAUCCAGCUAAUCCUUCAGAUAGAAAUGAUGAGGGUAUCUUUAUUUCUAGGAUUAAUGAUGAUGGUGCCGUAGCUAGAGACAAGAGAUUGAGUGUUGGACAGAGAAUUUUAGAGGUUAAUGGUCAGAGUUUACUGGGUGCCUCUCAUCAGGAAGCUGUUCGAGCUUUACGUAGUGUAGGAGAAAAGAUGAGUAUUAUGGUAUGUGAGGGUUACGACCCUUCACAGAGUAAUUCAGAGUUAUCUUCUCCUGGUAGUCCGGUUGGGUUUUUCGCCUCGUCUCGUCAAGGUUCUGUAUCGAGUAUUGAUAGAGAAGAUCAAGAUACGGCGGCCAUUAGAAAGGAAGUAGAAAUGCUGCAUGAAUCAGCAGAAUGGGAGACAGAAGAUAGUAUUACCAUGGAGAAACUAAGAAGAGAAAGAGAAGAAGUGAUAAAACGUUUCCCUGCUGAUUUCUCAGAUGAAACUACAGCCACGACUCAACAACUACAAUUGGAACAUGCUCAAAUAAAAGGACCAGAGAGUCCAGAUAAGUCUACUGUGAUUGAACAAGUGCCUGCCCUACCCAAGUCUAAGCCUCCAGUUCCUGCCAAACGUGGUGCCAAACCACCAGUUCCUCCUAAAACAUCUGGUAUUCCUCAUGUGGACUCUCCAGAGGAACCGACUGAUCCUAGAUUACAGUCGAAACAUCCAGCUGGGAAACACCUCCUACAGAAGAAAGAAACCAUUGAACAGGUUUGA